GAGCUUCAUAUAUCGUCAUUUUGACGAAACAUUUCGAUUUUCACCAGCUUUUAGUUUUGCCUGUCAUCCUCACAUUAGAAAGAUUUCAUCAAACAAUUAUAGAUCUGAUAAUGAUAUUUCAAUCGAUUCAACGCUAACAAAAAAUUCUGUACCGAAAAAGCUAGUUUCGACAAAUUUCAAUGAAUUCAGAGCCCUUAUAGAGAAGUUAUAUUUUUAUAAGAAUGAUCGUGAGAAGGCAUGGGAGAUUUAUAGAAAUAUUGUGAAUAACGAUCUUAUGGUCCAUAUGAAAGUAGAUCACAUGGAAUUGUUGCUUAACCUUUUAUGUGAUAAUCCAGACAAGAGAACUUUUGACUUACUUGACCAAGUAAUGAAAGACGUCUAUUUGUUUCGUAAAAGAAAAUUAAUAAGACCUAUUCUUUACGCGCGAGUGAUGAAAUUAUCGGCACGACUAGGAAAUGUCAAGAUUGUAACCGAUAUUAUAAGGCAAAUGACAACUUUGGGAUAUUACAUUGAAAGGCCGCACGUUAAGGAAGUCGUAAAGCAAUGUGUUGAUGUUGAAUCAGCGUACAAGAUUCUUGAUACAAUAAUUGUAAGUCAUUUUGAGGCUGACUGCGAAUGGUAUCAUUCACUGAUCGAGGUGUAUUGUGAGAAUGAAGAUACUGAUGUUGCUUUAGAAGUACUCAGGCUGUACAAUUUAUCGGGUCAGAGACCUAGGAUAAAAUUUUAUAGUACUAUAAUUCAUAAACUUUCUAAAAAAGGAGAAAUGGAAUUGGCAGAAGUAUUGGUAGAUGAAAUGACCGAAUACUUCGGUCCGCCUAACAAUUCAAUGUUUAAUUCUCUAAUGGCUGGAUAUAGCAAAAAGAAUGAUUUUGACAUGGUAUUUAAGACUUAUCAAAAGAUGCUAAACAUGGGUAUUAAGCCAACCAAGGAUAUUUACACCACUCUUAUCUUUUUUCAUCUUCGACGGAAGGAAAUUUUUGAGGCAUCUGUUUUAUAUAAACAAAUGUCCGAGAAAG